GAACACGUGAGCCCAACAAUUUUAUAAAUAAAACACCCCAACUGGUGCACAUACGCUCCAGCGUUCUCACUCAGAACUAGUUCCGUGGACCAAAAAUAAUCAGAUCAGGGGAAAAAGUCUGGGACUGAGUUCGACAUCACCUCGACACUGUCAAAAAAAAAAAGAAAGCGAUAAUGGCAUCACGGGAGAAUUUCCUCAAUUAAUUCAUCUUGAAACGCCGAUUAUUUAUAAUUGAGGGGAAUUGUUUAUUUUAUUUGUUUCGGUAGAAAUGUUGCUGGGUCGAGUGAGCACGUGUCUAUUGUUAAUUAUAGCCGGUGUUUCCCUGGCUCAUGAUGCGCAAAUUGUAAAUCGUUGGGCCCAGAAUCUUGGGAGUGAAUUAUGGGAGUUGGCGUUGGGAAUAGCAAAACCUGAAGAACUUCGAGCUAAAUACAGAGAAAUGAAUGCGCGAGUGGAGGAGAAAUCUGGCGAGGAGUUGAUCGAAAUAAUCAGCGAGAGUGUUGGAAGAAUGCUGAGAAGAAAAAUGGAUGCUGUUCGAUGUAUUCUUCUCCGAGCGGAGGAAGAGGCCCUGUAUUACAACGAUUCCGAGACAAAUGUUGAUGUUAUUAAAUCGAGUUUGAGAUACGUCUCCGGGAAGUGGAGUUGGCUCACCAACGAGGACAAUGCCACACAGGCUAAGAUCCCCAAGAAUAUGCAGAAUGACAGUUACAUCUACAGAGAAAUGUCUCUGAAUCCUGACUCCCAUUUCUCCAACAUCCCCGUGAACACGAGCUACUCAUCAGUCCACAUACCGACGAGGGUGUACGAUUUGAAUCCAGCAGUGGCACACGCUAUAAAUUGGACGGAGAGUCUCGACGAAGUCUUCACCCAGAACUACAGAUCAGAUCCAGCCCUGUACUGGCAGUAUUUUGGCUCGAUGAAUGGCAUGCUCCGGGUAUAUCCAUCGAUGCAGUGGAGAACCAGCGAAUCAGCUGACGACGAGCAAUCAGCAGAUCUUUAUGACUGCAGAAUCAGAAGUUGGUUUAUAGAAGCAGCCACUUGCAGCAAGGACAUGGUGAUUCUGGUGGAUUCAAGUGGUAGCAUGGAGGGAAUGGGUUACACCAUCGCCAAGGCAGUGGUUGCCUCGAUCCUCGACACCCUCUCGAACAAUGAUUUCGUGACAAUCUUCGAAUACACCAAUAUCACCGUCGACCUGGUACCGUGCUUCAAGGACAAACUGGUCCAGGCAACCCCCGAGAACAUUAAUACCUUUAAAACUGCCUCUGGCACUCUGAAACCUGGAGAGCAGGCCAAUCUCACGGAGGCCUUCACCAGGGCAUUCACCAUUCUCAAAUCAUAUCGAGAGUCCCGUGGAUGCGGUCCUGAUACUCCCUGCAAUCAGCUCAUCAUGCUCGUCACAGACGGUGUCGCCUCCAACAUAUCAGAGGUCUUCGACGAUUGGAACAGACAGACAAAUGGAACGAGAGUGCCAGUGCGUGUUUUCACGUAUCUCCUGGGUAAAGAGGUGACAAUGGUACGUGAGAUUCAGCUGAUGGCGUGUGAGAACAGAGGAUAUUACACCCACGUUCAUAAUCAAGAAGAGGCCCAGGAGCAGGUGCUCAAGUAUAUCCCAGUGGUAGCUAGACCCCUGGUGCUCCAGGGCAAGUACCACCCCAUCAUCUGGACACACGCCUACGCAGACGUUUCCAAUCCAGCCCUUGCCACGUGGCUGUGGCUGGUAAUGGAUCAUCCGGAGCAAAAAGCGCGUCUCGAGAAGAACCUCGAAGCAAUGCAACAGGGCGUCUCAAUAAACGACGACAGCAUCUACAUAAAAAAGAUGAAAAAGGGUGAAGACGUGAGAAGAACAGCAGCUGAGGUGGAGUCAACUACUCGUCAGGAAUACAGACUUCUCACAUCGGUAAGUAUUCCGGCAUUCGAUCUCAAGAGCAACGCGAAUAACGAUACAAGAAGAGCGAAUCUCCUGGGAGUUGCUGGUACCGAUGUACCCAUAGACGACAUCCAGAAGCUCACGCUUCCUUACAAACUAGGAGUCAACGGUUACGCCUUCAUUGUUUCGAAUAAUGGAUACGUUAUAUUGCAUCCGGAUCUUCGACCCGUCAGCGGAGAAAUUUUAAAAGAGAAUUAUAAUAGUGUGGAUCUCACUGAAGUGGAGAUUCUCAAUGAUGGGAGGAGACCCAGAGAUCCUGGAGAGCAGAUGCUAGAGCUCCGGGCAUCUCUCGUAAAUCACACCCGGGGCAGUAUGAAAGAUGUACCUGUUAAACUCCAUUACGACAACAGCCGGAGGGUGACCUUGGAGCACAGGAAUUAUUACUUUGCACCACUUCCAGGAACCCCCUUCGGAAUAGCAGUGGCAAUUCCGAAUUACGGGAAGACCUGGAUAAAAGUGGGAAAUGAAAUCGAGAAGAAUCGUCAAGCUGGUAUCGCAGUCAGUGAUUUUUUUAUCGGUGACAAGUGGCGGGUGCAUCCCGGAUGGGUUUACUGUCGUUUUCACUACCUAGAGGGUCACGAGUUCAACAACACCGUCGACGAGGUUCGGUAUUUUCUGCAUAAACUCAGUGAACCCGGUUGGGAGUGGACAGAUCAGUACGAGGCGUACGAGAUCGACUUCGAGGAAGAGGAAGUGCCGGAUUGCACGAAGAAAGUUCUCGAGGAUAACGAUUACUACUGCAAUGAGGAAUUGAUGCAGCUCCUGGUGUUCGAUGCAAGAGCGACCAAUCAGAGCUUCAACGAGGAGUUCAAGCACAGAAAUCCGAGAUUGAAGGAAUUGGCGAAUAAUUAUGGAGUUUUUUUGAGAUUCGUCGCGACCCAGAGUGGUCUCACCAGGUGGCAGUAUCUGAAUAAAGAGUUCAAACCAGCUGGACUCAAUCCGCGAUUCGGUGACCUUCACAGGAGGGCUGUCAACGAGCCCUGGUACAAGGGCGCAAUUUUUCAACAUCAGAUUGACCCGGAGAGCAUCUCCCUGUCAAUCCCAGGAAAAGGUGGUGAGGACGCUGUGGUGACUGUUUCCAUGGCGGUUUAUCCACGCGAUGGUGGACGCACAGCGUCAGCUGCUGUGAUCGGUUUCCAGAUGCCGAUGACGUACCUCUUCGAGAGAUUUCUCGAGAUAACUUCUGAGACGACAAACGCUGACUUCAACUGCCAGACGGAGGGCCUCGACUGUUACCUGGUGGACCAGAAUGGAUACAUCGUGAUAUCAGAGGCGCACAAUGAUACCGGGCAGUUCUUCGGGGUAAUCGAGGGUCCGGUCCUCCAGUCGAUGGCCAGUCAAGGCUAUUUCGAGACAGUGGAGAUUUAUGAUUACCAGGCGGUGUGUUAUUAUAUUGGUCUCGAGGGCACGGGGUCAACACUUCUCACACCCUUCAGGCACAUCUGGAAUAUCAUCCUCUGGGCGUUCGCCCGGACUGUCUGGAUGGCCUCGCAGUUCAUUGAUGUACCCCAGGUGCUCUCCAGAAUACACUCCGAGGAUGAUCUGCCUGAGAAGCCUCCACCCCCCGAGGAAGUCAAGCAGUACCACAAGUGCGAUCAGAAGAGAAUUCUUUACAUGAUGAAUCAGACGAGAUCUGAAAUUCCCAUCAAGGACAUCCCUGACGUAUGCUCGAGGCCGUUCUAUGCGCAGAGGGUCCCCCAGACAAAUCUUCUCCUCGUGGUGGUAAACUCGUUGUACCCCUCCUGCUGGGGUAGACUGGAGACAGAACCCAUUGAAAUCAGCCCCAGGGAGUACGUGGAGGACGAGGAAGACGCUGCGUGUUACAAAAAAAAAAUCAACGAUCUACCCAGGAGACGCCUGGAGAAGUGCUUCACCGAACAUCCUCUCGAGGACGAGAUCGACGCGUGCGGACGAGGGACAAGACUGGAAUUACCACUAUUUCUUUUAUUUAUGUAUUUAAUUGUCCUGUUGUAAAUAAUUUGAA